UUAACUCAUAGUAGAAACUCAACCACCACCUAUGGCUUAUCAAAGCAUCACUCAAACCAUAACCUACGACUCAAUAUCCUCCAAAUAUCAUGUCCGGUACGAUGGCAAAACAAUCGAGACCACUCUCACCACGAAAGCCACUAUCACCAAACAAUGGGUCGAUGACAUCCUCUCGGCUCAUGCCAACGACACGAUGGUGGUUGUUGGGCUUGACGUCGAAUGGCGACCCCAUCAUAUCCGCUCCAUGAGCAACAAAUCAGCCACUUUGCAACUUUGCAUUGACACCAAAUGCUUAAUACUUCAACUUUUUUACAUGGAUGAAAUCCCUGAAUCUCUAAAGAGUUUUCUUUUGAACCCGAAGUUUACUUUUGUCGGGAUUGAAGUCGAAGAUGAUAUACUGAAGUUGAAGAAUGAGUACGGGUUGGAUUGUUCGAAAAGUGCUGAUAUUCGAGCGGCUGCGAUGAAGAAGUGGCCCGGAAGGUUUCGUAGGCCGGGUUUGAAGGAUCUUGCAAAGGAUGUGUUGGGGCUUCACAUGAAGAAGCCGAAGCAUGUGUGUAUGAGCAAUUGGGAGGCUAGAGAGUUGAAUGAAAGUCAAGUGGAGUAUGCAUGUGUUGAUGCUUAUGCUUCGUACAAGAUCGGCCAUAGGGUUUUACUUCAAAAUUAAAUAAGUUUAAUGGUGUUUUUUUUGUUUCUUUUGGAUUGAUUUUACUAUGUCAGCUUUUCGUUUUGAUUUCAGCCUAUGAUAAUAAAAAGCUUGUUCAACGUUG